CAGUUGCCUUCUUUUACACACAAGUCGAGCACACGAAAACGGUAACGGGGAUUAUCGGGAAAAAUUAUAAUAGUAAAUUUUUUAUUUGAUUUAUUAGCUUUUGCAAUGAUCUGCCUAUCCCGUCUGGUCGUUAUCAACUUGCCCAGUGUCUGGCCGCCAACGCGAUCCAAGCGUUCUAAAAGAGAUUAUAAAACUUUUGCGCAGCAAGAUGGACUGAGGGAUUUCCAGAGGCCAUUGCAGUUCCACACGAAAAGAGGCUACAUUAAAUGGUUUAACAAGCUUAGUCAUUGCAAAAGAGUCCGUAACUUUCCGAGCCGAAUGCACCCCAGAUUGUAGAAUACAUCCAGGAAUUAAAGCUGAUGCUCUCGGUUAAA